CUUCUAGUUCAGCUCCCAAACCGGAAGUCCGAGGGGUGACCGGGCCACCUAGGGCGCAUGCGCAAACCCAGCUACGCGGACUCCUACUCCGGCGGAGCCGCGGCGGGAGGGAGCGGGUGGGCCCAGUCUGCGCGGCGUACUUCCGGAACACGGCGCGCCGACCCUUUCCGCGCUUCCCGCCCGCUCCUCCCGCAGCAGUUGUCUCGGCCGGUAAAUUCAGGAGGAACCGUCGGUCCCAGGGGCCUGUGCGAGUGUAGAGAAGGGAGCAUUGGAUUCCGUGGUCCUCUCGAAGGGCGCUGGAGGAAGGAGCGACGUAUAUAGGGACUCGAGUUUCGCCGAGGGAAUGAUCCACGAACUGCUCUUGGCUCUGAGCGGGUACCCGGGGUCCAUUUUCACCUGGAACAAGCGCAGCGGCCUUCAGGUGUCACAGGACUUCCCUUUUCUCCAUCCCAGUGAAACGAGUGUCCUGAAUCGACUCUGCCGGCUGGGCACAGACUAUAUUCGUUUCACGGAGUUCAUUGAACAGUACACAGGCCAUGUGCAGCAACAGGAUCACCAUCCAUCUCAGCAGGGCCAAGGUGGAUUACAUGGAAUCUAUCUAAGGGCCUUCUGCACAGGUCUGGACUCAAUUUUGCAGCCUUAUCGACAAGCACUGCUUGAUUUGGAACAAGAGUUCCUGGCUGACCCCCAUCUCUCCAUAUCACAUGUCAAUUACUCCUUAGAUCAGUUCCAGCUCCUUUUUCCCUCUGUGAUGGUUGUAGUAGAACAAAUUAAAGGUCAAAAGAUUCAUGGCUGUCAGAUCCUGGAAACAGUAUACAAACACAGCUGUGGAGGUUUGCCUCCUGUUCGAAGUGCACUAGAAAAAAUCCUGGCCGUGUGUCAUGGGGUCAUGUAUAAGCAGCUCUCAGCCUGGAUGCUACAUGGGCUCCUCUUGGACCAGCAUGAAGAGUUCUUUAUCAAACAGGGUCCAUCUUCUGGUAAUGUCAGUGCCCAGCCAGAAGAGGAUGAGGAGGAUCUGGGUAUUGGGGGACUGACAGGAAAACAACUGAGAGAACUCCAGGACUUGCGCCUUAUAGAGGAAGAGAACAUGCUGGCACCAUCUCUAAAGCAGUUUUCCCUGCGAGUGGAGAUUCUGCCAUCCUACAUCCCAGUGCGGGUUGCUGAAAAAAUCCUGUUUGUUGGAGAAUCUGUCCAGAUGUUCGAGAAUCAAAAUGUCAACCUGACUAGAAAAGGAUCUAUUUUGAAAAACCAGGAGGACACUUUUGCUGCCGAGCUGCAUCGUCUUAAACAACAGCCCCUCUUCAGCCUGGUGGACUUCGAGCAGGUGGUGGAUGGUAUUCGUAGCACUGUGGCUGAGCAUCUCUGGAAGCUGAUGGUGGAAGAGUCAGAUUUACUGGGUCAGCUGAAGAUCAUUAAAGACUUUUACCUUCUGGGACGUGGAGAAUUGUUUCAGGCCUUCAUUGACACAGCUCAACACAUGUUAAAAACACCACCCACUGCAGUCACGGAACAUGAUGUGAAUGUGGCCUUCCAGCAGUCAGCACACAAGGUUUUGCUGGACGAUGACAACCUUCUCCCUCUGCUGCACUUGACAAUUGAGUACCAUGGAAAGGAGCAUAAAGAUGCUACUCAGGCCAGAGAAGGGCCUCCCCGGGAAACUUCUCCUCGGGAAGCCCCUGCAUCGGGCUGGGCAGCCCUGGGUCUUUCCUACAAAGUGCAGUGGCCACUGCACAUUCUCUUCACUCCUGCUGUCCUGGAAAAGUACAACGUUGUUUUCAAGUAUUUACUGAGUGUGCGCCGGGUACAAGCUGAACUGCAGCACUGCUGGGCCCUGCAGAUGCAGCGCAAGCACCUCAAGUCCAACCAGACUGAUGCAGUCAAGUGGCGCCUAAGGAAUCACAUGGCAUUCCUGGUGGAUAAUCUUCAGUACUACCUCCAGGUAGAUGUGCUGGAGUCUCAGUUCUCACAGCUGCUUCAUCAAAUCAAUUCUACCCGAGACUUCGAAAGCAUCCGGUUGGCUCACGACCACUUCCUGAGCAAUUUGCUGGCUCAGUCCUUCAUUUUGUUGAAACCUGUGUUUCACUGCCUGAAUGAAAUCCUAGAUCUCUGUCACAGCUUUUGCUCGCUGGUCAGUCAGAACCUGGGGCCACUGGAUGAACGUGGGGCCGCCCAGCUGAGCAUCCUGGUGAAGGGCUUUAGCCGCCAGUCUUCACUCCUAUUCAAGAUUCUCUCCAGUGUUCGGAAUCAUCAAAUCAACUCGGAUUUGGCUCAAUUACUGUUAAGACUAGACUAUAACAAAUAUUACACCCAGGCUGGUGGAACUCUGGGCAGCUUUGGGAUGUGAACAGUUUUGGUUCACAAACUGAAAUAACAGGUCAAUCCCUACUGCGUUCCUGCCUUUAACAAGACUCAAAACCAACAUCCUGUUCUCUAGCCACUCACCAAGUGUCUGCAGACUACUGAGAUGGCUCUCUUUCAUCCUAGAAGAGAUUACUGAACAUUUACGGGUAGAGAUCCUUUCACUCCGUCCCAUGUAGAAAGGUCUGCCCCACCUUAGGGGUGGUUCUGAACUUGCCCACAAAGGCAGACAUGUGGCAUCAACUUUCCCUCUGUUGACCAUGCAAGAUCCAUUCCAUUGAGGACAUUUGUCAGAUAAGUUCAUUGAGCACCUACUAUGUGCCUAGGUACUGUUCAAGCUGCGAGAGACACAAGCAGUAAAUAAUACACAUCAGAAAGUUAAAUAUUUGGUGGCUUGUGUGAAAGAGGAAUUAUAUUUAUAAAUAGGUCAACUGCUGGAUGUGACCACUGAGCAAGGAAGGCACCAGGUAAGACAUACUUCUCCCUCAGCAAACUCUCUUUCCUCCUUCAGAAAAUUGAAAUGGAGAAUGUCGCCAUCCUUAAGUGGGGACAAACUGUGGAUCUGAAGAAUUUUACCAAUAACUUCCAGUUAUUUCAGGCUGGUAAAAGGGCAAUUCUAGCUAUUGACAAUGUAUUUAAAGUAUUUUUUAACAAAGAAAAAUCUCCUUAAGAAAAAAAAUUGAGGUCAAAUUGUUAGAUUUCAAAUACUGAAAACUGCAGGGUAAUUAUCCCAUUUUAGGAGAACCACAGGUUCUCUUAAUCUAGCCCAGCCAGCACCGGUAAUCAG